GCUACGAGGACAAGAGCGCCUACGCGCAGUGCAUCUUCGCCCUCUGCGCCGGCCCGGGAUCGCGUGCGCAUCUUCGACGGGCGAACGGAGGGCAGGAUCGUGCCCGCCAGGGGCCCCACGGACUUCGGCUGGGACCCCGUGUUCGAGCCGCUGGAGGGCGGAGGGCGCACCUACGCCGAGAUGCCCAAGGCGGAGAAGAAUGCCAUCUCUCACCGUGGGCGUUCCCUGGCCCUGCUCAAGAGCUGGCUGACCGAGAACUCGGCCAAGUUCGAGGAGGAGGCGCUGUCGCCUGCGGCUCCAGCCGGUGGGAAGUGA